UUUCCUGCUUGAGAGUGGAGCUCCACUCCCCCAAGGUCUGCAGUCAGACCUUUCUCUACCUUCGUGUCUUUCCUGCGUAGGCAACAGUUUUCUGAUUGUGGACUUAAACGUUAUUGUUAAAGGCGAAAUAGUAUUGAGAACUCUUAUACAUCAUUAUGUAGGAACGACAGUAAAACGUUACUGUUACUCAUUCUGGAGUCGGAUGUUUAUGUAGAGUUUCUAGACAAAGAACGGACACUUAUAGUUGUCAACACUCCCUGCUUAGCUUUGAUUGAAUGGAGUCUUUGUGUAAUUGAUUUUGGACUGUACCGUACAGGGGCACUGGUGGAGCAUGAGCUCUCUAAAAGCUUUGCAGGAUUGGUGCCGCAUCCAGUGUGAGAGUUACACUGAUGUGGACAUUAAAAACAUGUCUUCAUCCUUCAGAGAUGGACUGGCCUUUUGUGCCAUCAUCCACCGACACAGGCCGGACCUCAUAGAUUUUGACUCUCUUUCCAAAGAAAAUGUCUACGAGAACAAUCGGCUAGCAUUUGAAGUUGCGGAGCAUGAGUUGAAUAUUCCAGCCCUGCUGGAUCCAGAAGACAUGGUGUCCAUGAGCGUGCCUGACAGAUUAAGUAUUAUUACCUAUGUCUCUCAGUAUUACAACUUCUUCACCAACAAAUAUCAUGAAAACUCCACAUGCAUGAAGAGAACUGGAUAUCCACCCUCCAUUGAACCAGUCAAAAAGAGACCAUUAUCUCCUCUAGAGAAACAGGCCACUGUGACCGAAGGUGCUAGUUGCCAAUCAAAAAGUUGCACUAUAAGCAGCAGCUGCUUAGUCUGUGGAAAGCAUGUUCACCUGGUUGAGAGGGUCCUCACAGACAGCAGACUGUAUCAUCGGAACUGCUUCAGAUGUGCACAGUGUAACAACACUUUACUGCCUGGCUCUUACAAGGUCACAGAGAGUGAUGGAUUGUUAGUUUGCACACACCACUUUACCAAGUCCACCAGUCAAUAUUGUCAUCCAGAUCUGAGAAAUCAACUGGCACCUGUAAUCUCAAACCCCAAAGACCCACCCAGUAGGAGUAUACAGUCUAUAGCAUCACACACUGAUGUUAAUGCUUCAAAGAGAGGGGAUGAGGAAAGUGAAAGAGAAGAAAUAUUAACAGAAACUCUGCCAGAUUGCAGCUCAAAAGAGGAGACAGAGCUCAUACCAUCUCGCUUCAACAGUUUACCAAAUCCUUUUGUGGAAAAAGAGGAGACAGUGCCAGAAGAUAACCACAGGACAGCUGCUGAUGUAACUAGUGAUAUCCUUCCUACAAAACCAGUAAAAAGUACUGCAGCACAGGGUCAGCCGAUACCAAAGCCCAGACAAGUGUUUGAAUCCUCCCCUGCUCCUCGUCCUCUUCCUAGGCCACGCCCGUCCAAAAACUCUGAGAGCUCUACAUUCAAUGGAGAUCCCAACACUCAUGGUGAAUUAGUUCCUGUGCUCAGAGAGAAAUCACACUCACCUGCUGGCAAAGCUACUGACACUCCUAAGGCGAAAGACCCACCCUGGUUGGCCCUUGUCCAAUCAGAACCCAAAAAAAAACCAGCACCUCCCCCACCUACAAUUACUUCUAUGUUUGCCCAUACUGGCUCAGUUUCCUCUCUAAAAGAGGGGGGAUCAAAACCAGUCACUGCUCUCAAUCCCUUUGAUGAUGAAGACAAUGAUGAUGGAGUGGCAGAAACCAGUUCUGAGCUUCCCCAAUGUCCUAUGGUGGCCAAUCAUCCCUGGUAUAGUAUUACUCAAGGUGAUAAAGACAAAGAUGGAGACAACAGCAGAAAAAGUCAUGCCCCUUCUCAGAUUCUAGCAUGUGUUCAGAGAAAGAAGCGGCCUGCACCCCAAGCUCCAAAAUCAUCAUCAGCUCUGAGGAAAGAGAGCAUCUCCUCUUCUUACUCAGACUGCAGUGCAGUCACCCAGCAGCCUGCAGCUCAAAAUCAGAACAACUUGUUCAUGAAAAGUGUAUCUGAACCAUCAAUCAACACUUCUACUAGUGCCCCUUCACCAGACACUCAGCAUCAGGCUCAUUGUUCUCCGAGCUUGUCUCCUGCACCACCACCUACAGGUAGCAGCUCAGUACCAGGCACCCCAGAGACCAGUCGUAGUAUGAUACUGCCCCCAUCUCACCGUUCAGAAGCACGAAAUGUCUCACCCUCUUCACAAACACCCAGCACUCCGAUCAAGGUUGUCAAUUCACGUGUUUACAGACAGGAGAUGAGCGCACGUGAACGUGCUGAUGACGUAUGGUGUCUGCGUGGACUAGCUGGGCGGAUGGCAUUCAAAUAACGCUUACGUAUGAGGGAUAAAAAAGGCAACGUCCGUUCGGACCGAAAUCUAUGAUUGGUUGAACAUUUUUUGGUCCUACGCCUUUCACAGAUGACAUAAAUUUCUACAAAUAAAUUUAAACAACUCAACAUAGUGAUUGCUAUCAGGAUGUGGGGAGACUUUUAACCAGCAUAACUAAAAAUGUUUCAGGAUCAAAUCUGUUACCCUACCUUUAAGAAAUAAUUGUUUAUUUUUGUGAUUAUUUUAGAUCUUUGUGUAGAGACUUGUUUUCAUUUCAGCAUUUUCCUGUUGAUCAGUAUAGCAAAAAGCUAAAUGAAGUGUAAUUAAGUGCUAUUUAACUCUUUCACCGCCAGCGUUUUUUUUAAAAAGUUGCCAGCCAGCGCCAGCGGUUUUCAUGAUUUUCACAAAAGUUUAAUGCCUUCCAGAAAAUGUUCUUCUUCAAAUAUAUAAACAUACGAUAUACCAAAUGAAAGAACAGACCCUCUGCUUUCAAACAAAAAAAAAACGUUUCAUCCUACCUUGAGUAGUUCUUUUGUAAUCAGCUUUUGAAUAUGAGUAGGUUUCUGCAAAAACACCACAUUUUGAGCAAAAAGCAGAGAUAAUUCCAUUUUUGUGACGGACUUUUCAUAGAGAUCCCAUUCAGAGCGAUCUUUUAAACAGACACGGACAUGCAGCAGCUUGCCAUAGGGCAAUACUUCCGGGUUCAAAAAGUUGCGGUAAAAGCGGUAUUGCGGAAAUACGGAAAUACUCGUCAUUGGGUGGGAAGCGUUUUCUCUUGAUUGAUGAGAUAUCUCGUCAAUGACGGGGAAAGAGUUAACAAAAAAGGAUAAAGUCCAACAAGGGUGAAAAUGUAUUGUAUGUUAUUUUGUUUAAUGUUUUUUUGUUUGUGUGUUAUGCACUCUUUAUCCAUGUCAA